CUGUACCAAGGGUGUACUAUUGAACUCAAAAGUCAUCGAUCUCACGAUAAAGUCCUACCAUCAUCUUGCCGACCAUCUUUUGAUUCUUGUAAUCUUACCCUGUCUUCCUACAUAUUUAUGUACUGACAGUUCCCACUGCUACGGCUUAUUUGCCACUUGGUACCCGAUACCAGUUACUUCUUCAUUCUCCCCGCCAUAUUUCACCCCCUGAUUCGGCCCCAUCCACCCGCGGUUAACUUGGCCCGCAUUCUGAUCUCAUCGCCGCUUCCAGCAGCCAGCUAGCUUCUUUGUCGCUCACAUGGCCACAGCGACUUUCUUAUCACCGUUCCAUUUUUACACCCGCCCUAAUAACUGAGGGUCUUACAGUCUACGCUCCACUUUGACCCUUCUUGUUGGCUUUGGGACACCUGAGGUUCCUUCGAAUCUAGUCUCCUCUCUUGCUAUUCUCCGGGCUCUUCACGUCGUCUCCGCUUUCUUAUCCGGCAUUCCGCAGCCUCCCCAUAUUCCCGUAUUAAACUAUUAUACCUUUCCAUUUUGAUCUUCUCUAUACCAAUUCCCAUUCUCGGUCGAGAUGGGCAAUUCACAGACAAAGGAGGCUCGACCGUCCCAUACGCCAAAUCGCCGAAGCCAAUGGAGCCAUGGCGGUGGACAAGGACGAUCACCGUAUGGCGACCGACAUCACUCAGAGGGCUCCAGAUCAACGCGAAGCAGCAGACCUGAUCUCUCAAUACUUGGAAUCAGCGGAAGCUCAGAGCGGGAUGUCGCAACUCUUGAGCAUCGGCGAGAAACGAAGCAGGAACGAGAAGCUCGCCGUUUAGAAAAGGAACGGGUGUCUCGGGUUAAGGAACGGGAGCGUAGUAUGAGGGAAGAGCAUGUCGAUGGAGGCUACCUAGUUACGCAAGGCGUCUAUACGGGAACGGAAGAUUUCAACAAAGCCAUAGUGCGGCAACUAAUGAUCGAACGGCGACUGGCGCCCUUCUGGAGGGGCCUUAAUGACUUUUCAGACUCUUGGACGGAACAUCAGCUCAUGGCGGCAGCGCGCGGUCUGCCUAUUCCGCCUCCUGAUGAAAUUCCUCCGGAGCUGGAAUAUAAGAACCCGCCGAAAGCUACGGAAGGGGCAAAGGAGUCAACUGAUUCGAAAGGGAUCCAACAUUUGACGGUUCCGAUAACUUCAAGAUCCCAAUCGUACGGUUCUGAUGCGUCCCAGUCAUCUACCCCAGCUCACUCCUUACCCUUACCCACAUCGCCUCUAGCCUCUGGCACUUCGAGCUCGCCAUUAUUCCGUACACGAGCAAAGACGCUCGCUUCUCUCACUACUUCGAAGCAUGGUACCCAAGCCGAUCCGGCACCUCGAGAGAUGCAGCUCCCUCGUGACCCAUUUGUCAACGGGCAACCCAUCGAGGCUUACCUCUACAAGGACGCGGCUGAGUGCCCUAUCUGCUUCCUCUACUAUCCUCCAUAUCUUAAUCGAACGAGAUGUUGCGACCAGCCCAUCUGCUCGGAAUGCUUUGUACAGAUCAAACGUCCCGACCCGCAUCCCCCUGAGCAUGGAGAUGCUGAUCAAAAUACCCCGGCUGCAGCCACCGAGGGUGAUACUACCGACAACCAGGAAUGCCAGCUCGUCUCAGAACCUGCAGCCUGCCCCUUCUGUGUGCAGCCUGAAUUUGGAGUGACUUACGCACCGCCACCAUUCCGUAGAGGACUCACCUAUGCAUCCGACCCGAGCUCCCGCCCAAACUUUGCCUCUCCUGUAUCAUCUACAUCCUCCCUUUCUUCCGGAAAUGCUACAAACGUCACAGGUCGAAGGCGCGCUACAUCAUUGUCUGCAAGUGAUCCUACGGUAAUAACAACUGAUAAGGUCCGUCCAGAUUGGGCUCAAAAGCUGGCCAAUGCUCGGGCACAUGCUGCGAGGAGGUCUGCAGCGGCAACUGCUCUCCAUACCGCUGCGUAUUUGAUGAACUCGAAUGUUACUGGCAGCGAUUCACGAACCUUUAACCUUGGACGGAGAGGUGUCAUGCGAAGAGCCGGCGGUUCAGAACCUCACAGUUCUUCCAGCCGCACAGGCUCCCCGGCGCUACAAGCUCUUGCGUUUCUAACUGACCGGCGCGAACCUAGAAAUGACAUGGACUCUACUGAAGAAGGAUCUGGAAACUUGGCGCCGCCACGCAACAGUUCCAGGCGAAACCGCAUUGAUGAUUUGGAAGACAUGAUGAUGAUGGAAGCGAUUAGGCUGAGUUUGGCUAGCGAAGAAGAGCGGCGUAAGAAGGAGGAAAAGGAAGCGAAGAAAGAAGCGAAGAAAAGAGACAAAGAAGCUAAGAAAGCAGAAAAGGCUGCUCGGAAGACCGGCCUAUAUAGUACUAAUGCAAGUGGCUCCGCCUUGGACGUUCCUAGCGGUCUAGGAAGGGUUGCUAGCAGUUCUUCCUCUGUCACUGGUGAGGAAUCCACUCCUGCUGGUAAGGGGAAGGAAGUGGAUCGCGUAUCCCCUGAUGCACCCACCGAUGCUACGUCUACCGGUUCGGGCGCCGCAUAUGCUAGCGUGAACGUUGUAUAUCCGCCUGGGAGUCUAUCAGAUCAACAUCAGUCUAUACAGUCUUCCAUUACCCAGCCUUCACCCAGGGAACCAUCGAAGCCGUCACAUUUGCGACACGUCUCCAGUGCCUCUUCAUCAUUCUCCUCGCUCGUUGAGUCCAUGUCCGGAGAUCAUACUAGUGCCACGGAAGGAAAUGGCUCGUCUACGGAACCACUGUUCAAUUUCCGGAGUCUAGCUGCUGUUAUUGGCGAUGAAGACAAAGCGGAUGAAUCUGCAGAACAUGUGGAAGAUAUGUCGUCCAAGCCACAGGCCGAGGGCUCUGCCUCGCAGUCUGAACUUCUGGAGCAUAGUGACCUUUCGGUCCCCAAAGCCGAUGCUACGGCGGCUGUGGAGCCGGAAAUUACGCUAGAAGAAAGUCAGGAAUAUUUUAUACCGAAAGAGCUCGAAACACGCUCAGUUGAAAUCACCGGCACCACAGGGAAUGCACAGACCACAUCUUGAAGAUUCCACGUCUUGUAAAAGUGCGCCCUUCCCUUCAACUUCAUUGCAUCUGUUUUGUUUUUCAUUUCGUUGUGCGGCCAUUUCGCUCUAGGAGAACGGAUGAGAGGUAGUUUAAAUCUGUCGGCGCAGGAGGCUUAGUGAAAAGCGGUAUUGCAUUCUUCUUCACUUUCUUUCCUUUUUCCCUUCUAAGCUUGCUCUUGGCCCUGACGAUGUUUGUGGUGUUCGCAUGACCGGGCCGGAUGUUUCUUUCUUUUUUAUACAUACAUUGCCAUAGAUCUUGUGUCGAUUAAUCGUUCGUUCAUCUGUACCAACGAGGUGGACAAACAGCCAGAUUGCAUACAUAGUGAUUGACAAUGAUCCCCAAGGUACGUGCCAGUAGUAGGGGAGACAACAGGACAGUCUGUUUACAAUUAGGGUACAAAUUGAUUUGUUCCAUGGAGUAAUCGCUAAAUCGAUUUAGGAAAUAAAUAAGCCAUAGCAAGAAAAGAGACAAUGCAAAAAGAACAUUGCCCGACUUGCUAUACACGCAACAGACAUAUGGAACAAACUGAUGUGAAAGUGUACUUUCACCAUACAUAUACAUAGUACUACUACUGUUAGGCAAUUAAAUUGACCACCCCUUGACACCGCCUCCAUUCGUCUUCUUCCCAUCCAUACCCCCAACUAGUCU